AUGAACGAGGUGAACGAUAUAGACAUAGACGAAUACAACAAGAACAUAAUUCAAGAACUGAAUGCCGCGGAAGAGGAAGGCGAGUUAUCCCUAUCUAUGUUUCUUCACGACCUAAUAGAGAUCGAUAUAGAGUCUAAUUUUAGUUUUACUUAUAAAGUUAUAGAUAGAAUGAUGAAUAUAUGUAUUAACUCGUUAAAUAGUCAUUUAAUAUUGUUAGCUGAUGAGUGCAUAUACUUUAUUCGGUACAGUGUAAAUAAGUGCAUUAACAUAGAAGAAGUAGAUGAAAUUUUUUUUAAAAAAUUAAAUAUUAUAAUAAACAUAUGUUUAAAUGAAAAACAAUUCUCUAAUGAUAGUUUUUUAUUAUUUGAAAGAACUUUUUUUUUUUUUGUUAUUGAUAUAAAUAAUAUUGUACCAUUAAAGGAAAAGUGGAAAAUAUAUAAUAUCGAAUUGGCUUCAUUCUAUUCCUCUUUAUUACAUAUCGUAUCAUUUCAUUUGUCUUUAUUUAAUGAAAUAAUAAAUAAUAUAAAAAAGGAAAAAGACAUUAUUAUAACUAAUAAUAGACAUAUACAGAUAGGUUGUUCUCGUAUUAAAAUAAUAGAAAUAGCAUUAGAUUUAUUGCUACUCCUAUUUCAUAAUGUAGAUGAGGUUAAUAAUAUAUCAAGUUUAGAUAGCUAUAUUAAUAAUAUAAUAAAACAAAUUGAAAUUAUACCUGACAUUGAAAUAAAAAAAAAAACUCGCUCUUUAUUUAAACGUAUACAUAAACUAGUACCAGAAAAGGAUAGAAUUAAUUUAUCAUCACUAAACCUUAUAGCAACCUUAAUAACUAAAAAAAGGAAUUACUUCCUUACAUUGACAAAAGAAAAUAAUAUUAAUUUAAAUUAUUUAAAAUAUAAUUCAUAUAUAUAUCUGAGCAAUAGCAGUCUUUCUUUUCAUACUUCUGCCAUUACAAAUGACCAUGGAAAUAAUACUACAGAGCAAAUUAUUUUAUCACCUAAAGGAUAUAAAGGAAAUCUACUCAUUAACUUUUUUUAUGCAUAUUUCUAUAACACAAAGAAUAAAUUGCUUAUCGUUUUGUCUUAUGAUAGAGUCAAAAUAUACAGUGAUGACCAAUCAAAAAAAAUUGUUUUCUCUCUUGGCAAAAGUGACGCACUAGGAGUACUAUCGAACAAGUUGAGAGAGCAGUUUGAGGACCGCCUAUUACAAAAUGUUGAGUUACAAAUAAAAUUCAAUUCAGAGUCUACAAAGAGAAAAAUUUUUGAUAUAAUAAAGAAUAUAACUGAGCUUGAGACGACUGUGUGCGAUGAUAAAGAAGAAGAAUUGAUAUAUGAACAGGAUAGUAUUCAUCUUAAGGAGAACAACAAUCUAUAUUUAAAUAAACGUAAACAUGAUGGUAUGAAUGAAAUUUAUACAAAUAAUAUUUUAUUUAAUGAUAACAACAAAAGUACAGAAAAACUGAUAAGGAGAAAAGUAAGUUUCGCUACAACUAAAGAAAUAUGUUUAUUGACUGAGGACACACCUAUGGGUACAAGAACAAUGCUACUAGAGCAGUCAUUAAACCAUGUAAAUGAUAGAAAUGAAAAUGAUAAUAUACAAGAUGCGCAUGAUUUGGACAGUAGUCAGGAUAAUCAUAAUAAAUAUAGUAAUGAUAGCAAUAAUGGCAAUAAUGGUAAUCAUAGGGAUUGUACUGAUUAUCCUACUGACUAUAAUUUGCCCAAUGUUCAGAAAAAAAAAAAAAAAGAAUUCCAUAGAGAACAGUUACUUAAAAAAGACGUAAAUAAACAAAAACUACUAUUAUAUAGUAGCUGCAUCAGUGAGUUUGAAAAUGAUUCAUUUAGAGUUAAAGGGAAUGAUGCCGAGAAGAAACAACAACAAGGGGGUGGAAUGCUCAAGGUUAGUUACGCAACAACGAAGGACUUAUUCGGUGAAAAUUUUGCCUACAAUGAGGAUGACAACAAGGAUAGCGAAAUUGCAAGCGCUGCCAACAGUAGCAUAGACAAUGAUAUAGAUAAUUACAUGAACAACAAUAUAGAAAGCGAUAUAGGUAGUAACGUCAACAGCUAUGUCAAUAGCGACUGUUACUACACAAAAUGCAAAGAAACAGGAAGCGGUAUCUCCUUUGACGAUUCGUUAAAAGUGAACAAUCAGAACCUUGUAAAAACGCUUAACGAAAGUGGCGAAAAAUGCUCUAAAAUAUUAGAAUUAUAUGAUAGGGUAAACGAAGGGAUAGAUGGUAACCCCCCUUCUGUUGAUCUUUUUAAUGGGAAUAUUAUCAAAGAGAACACUCCCAUUGAAUUAAAUACUAGAGCUAUUAAAAGACAUGCGUAUGUGUGUGAGGAGAGUGGGCAUUGUUGUAAGGAAGAAAAACAAGAGAGUCAAAAUAUAGAAGUUUCUCAUAUGUCCAAUAUAGUGCAAAAUGAUGCAAAUGAAGGAGUAAUACAUUCAAUAAACGGAGAUGAAAGCGAGCCGAUUAAGCUAAGACGUAGGGAUUUGCAUUAUUCGCUUAAUUCACAUUGUUCGCGUGAUGCUCAUGAUGAUACACAGAUUAACAAUAAAAACAAUGGAGUUCUUCGAAACAGGACUGACAGAGGUAGCAAUAAUAGAAGCAAUGCCCCCGAAGACGGGCAUGAUGUACUUAAAAAGGGAAACUCGUGUGAAGGGAGGAAAACACCUAAUGCUACGGUUAGUGCUACGGCUACUACUUCGGCUACUACUACGGCUACUACUACGGCUACUACUACGGCUACUACUACGGCUACUACUGAUAAUAUUACAACUAAUGCUGAUAAUAUUACGACAACUAAUGCUGAUAAUAUUACUACAACUAAUGCUGAUAAUGUUACGACAACUAAUGCUGAUAAUAUUACUACAACUAAUGCUGAUAAUAUUACUACAACUAAUGCUGAUAAUGUUACGACAACUAAUGCUGAUAAUGUUACGACAACUAAUGCUGAUAAUGUUACGACAACUAAUGCUGAUAAUAUUACGACAACUAAUGCUGAUAAUAUUACGACAACUAAUGCUGAUUCGAAAAUAAAUGGAAGUAACAAUAAUAGUAGUAAUACUAAUAAUAAUAACUCUAGUGCACAUGAAGAUGAAAAGACAUUGCAGAGUACUAAACAGCAGUGUAACAAAAAUGGAAUAAAGAACACACAGUUUAACAAUAGAGUUAAUGAAACUAAUUUGGGUGGGAACAAACGAUUAGAUAACAUCGAUUCAUUAGAAUGUGGUUCAAUAAAUAGCAAGGAAUGUAAUAUAUCGAGACGACCAGUAGAUAUAGUAAAGAAAAUCCUGAAUUAUGAGGAAAAACAAAAGCAUAUUGAUGAGUGCAUACAUAGUUUAAGCAAAUAUAAGAAAAACGAUAAAGAGCUUCAUAUAUCAAGUAAUACAACAAAAUGCAAUGACAACAGCAGCUCUUUUUUAAUAAAGCCGUCUAACAUGAUUACUACACGUAUGAAUCAGGAAUGUGUAACAACUGCUCAAAAGAGAUUUAAAAGAAGUAGAAUAUACUUAGAAAGAUCUUCGAAAGUUAGGAAGUUCAAUAAUGAUACAGCAGUGACUAUAGAUGCGGGGACUAGCCAAAGAAACAACAAUGAUGAUGCAAAACAAAGGAAACGAUUUAGAAAUGGUGAGGAAAAUGAGAUCAUACAUGAAGUGGAUGGCACAAGUGGAACAGCGGAUUACUCCGAAAUUGUAAACAUUAUAGGGAAGGACGAACCGAGUAACGAAUUACUGUUAAAUGAUGAGGGGGACGAUGUGCACAUGAUAGAGGCCACGGUGGAACCGACCUUUUCAGUUGGCGUGAUUGGCCCUGUUGACCAAGUUGGCCUAGUUGACCAAGUUGACCCAGAUGGCCUAAUUAACCCAAUUGGCAUAGUUAACCCAAUUGGUAUAGUUAACCCAAUUGGCAUAGUUAACCCAGUUAAUCCAGGACUAGUUACCCCAAUUGACGUGCCAAACUCAAAUGGGAGGAGUCAGCAAAGGCUGAGAUCUUCGUACCACAUUGACAAACCAUGUUCGAGCAGUAAAAACAACAAAAGAAUUGCAACAAACAGCUGUACAAAUAUGAACGAAGGGCAUUUAAAAAAUAAUACUGAUUCACCGUAUCCCAUAAAAAAAAUAAAAUAUAAUUAUUACGACUCAGCGUUUCUACAUUUAUUAAAAAAGGAAGAUAAUUUAGAAAAUUUGUCAGCUAAAUAUUUAAUUAAAGCAUAUACAUUAAUUCAAUAUAAUAAAAGAUAUAUACAUAUACAAAUAGUUGACUAUUUCAGAUAUAUAAGAAAAGAAAUCUUGUUAUAUUAUGAAAAAAUAAAUAUAAAAUAUAUUAAAUUGUUAAACGAAAUACAAGCAGAAUAUGAUAUGAAAUUUCAGAAUAUUGUAUCAAAAUAUUCAAAACGUUUAGCAGCAUAUAGAAAAAAAAAAAAAAAUGUUAAUAUGGAAAAUAUGCCUAUACCUAUUGAUAUACACAUUAUUAAUGGAAAACUUAAAUGUCUUUAUGAAACGUUUAACAUAGUUCAAAGAACUAUGAUGGACAAAAUUUCAAACUCGAAAAUUGUCAUGAAAUACAAGCAAAGUGAUAUAUACAGUCCUUCAUUUUCUUUUGGAACUAUUAUAUCAUAA